AUGCUCUCUGGAAGACGUGUGACAUUUCAAAGAGCAUUUCGGAACUUCAAUAGUACGAUAGCUCUCAAUAUUGGCGUGCCGGCAACCGACACAGACCUAAGAAAUGGGACCAUCCUGACACACGGGAACGCAAUCGUGGAAAAAACUCUACACAAUGCAUUGCUAGAUCGAGGCAGAACGCGUACCUUCAAUCUUACUGGUGGAUCUGGAAAUAAAUUCAAUGAGGGCCAAUUCGAAAAAUCCUCAGGACUAAUACCCAGCAAGUUUUCAGAGAGCAUACGAGCCCAAGAUUACAUCAAGAUAUUAGUUGAGUUGACGUUGCAGGCCAAACUGGAUCCCAAUUUCGGGCAGAAGCUUUUAGCAGAAAAUUAUCUGACCAGAAUUGAGCUCUCUAGUGUCGUUCAAGGCGUCCUGAGUCUAAGCAAUUAUUCGGACAUCGUACCAGAUGCUGUCAAGGACGCUCAUUCUAUUGAAAUGGUUUUUGACUUGUAUAAGCUCUACACACAAGCUGACAGGUCUACAUCACUUGAUCCUCUACGACUGUACGACUUAAACCGCUUUAUCAAGUUUUUCAUUAAGCAUUCUCAAUUGGGUAAAGCGCAGAUUGUUCUUGAUCAAAUUCUGAGCUUUGGCGGUAAUAAGCUUCCUUGCGAUGUCCCGACCGCCAUUAAUUACCUUCAAUUACGCUGUGGAGCUCUGCCGCGAAGCUGGCGAGUGAACAAUGUACCGCGGUACAAAGUGCGCGUUUCCGGCGCGGCCGAAGGUCAGCUUAGCUCCUCCAAAUACAAGGCAUUUGAUAAAAAAACAUUAUUAGCAUUGGUAAACUCUUUGAAUAAUCCUUCAAGCAAUUGGUCUUGUAAAUCGUCGGAUGGUUUGGAGUCUGCCAUAAUAUACUCUUUGGGCUUUAUGGGACAAGUUCAAAUGCUUGAGGACUACAUUUUUAAGAGAUGGGAGAUUGCACUCGGCGUAGUCAAGAGUAAUGGAGUUGUGUCUUCUUCUCUUCCUCCAUCUUCUGAGGUUCUGGUCUCAAUUCUGACAAGUUUUGCUUACAACAAAGAAAUAGUGUCAGCUUUGCAGCUAAUGGACAUGUUCAUUAACAAAUACCCCGAAUUAAAACUUGACCGAAUAUUCUGGAGACGACUCUUUCAACAUAGCACUCGUAUUUGGGAUCGUAGAUCAGAUCCCUACGGUCAACUGUCAAAAGGAUGCUGGAACGUAAUGACAACUUGGCAUGAUCAACGGUGCCUAAAACUUGAUAUGGACAUCCCAUUACUAGAGGAAAGAUACAAAGUAUUGCGAAUGACUAACGACUAUAACGGGGCAAUGCAGGUAAUUUCUUGGUUUGCACCGCAGCUUCGCGACCAAGCUCCCCUUUCCCCAAUCGAGUCUGCCGUUCUUCAAAAGUAUUUCAAGCUUGUAUUGAAAAAGCAUGCAUCAAUGGGAUAUUACCAGAAACCUCUGCGGUUUGUUAAAGAAUACUCACCGAACAGAGAAUUCGCUGCCCUCUUUAGAUCUUACUUCUUUGAACACAAAGAAAGGUACAUGAAGCGGAAACAACAACGCCAUGAAUCCGCUCAACUUAAGCAAAAAGAAUUUGACGAAGAAGAAGAGGACAGAAUGCUUCUUGGAAGACUUUGGUAG